AAUUUUGACAUGGAAGAGGAAGAAGAACAGUUUGAAGAUGUUUUGAACAGUGGAUUUAAACUUUAUAAAGAGUUACAUGACCAGCUGUAUGAUUACCAACUCUCAGGCUUGGUCUUCUUAUACAAAGCCUAUGAACAGGGCAAAAAAGGAGUGAUUCUAGCUGAUGAAAUGGGUUUAGGGAAAUCCAUCCAAGUUAUUACAUUUCUUUCUGGAAUGAUGGACACAGAACAAAUAAAAAAUGUUCUUUUAGUGAUGCCCAUCACUUUGAAGAAAGAUUGGACUGACAAACUGAACAAAUGGACUCCAGGAAUUAAGUGGCAAUUUUAUCAUAAAACAGAGGAAAAUUCAACCAGGAACUUACGGAAUGUUCAAAUGGGAGGGGAUGUCCUUCUUACCUCUUACAGGAUGCUGGUCCACCACCAGACGUCACUGUCCCGUUAUAAAAACAAACCCUUUACCUGGGACUGUGUCAUAUAUGAUGAAGCUCAUGAACUGAAGAAUCACACCACCAAGACCUUCAUGGCAGCAACUGCGAUCCCGGCUAAGUUCAAAAUCUUACUCACUGGCAUGCCUGUUCAGAGCAAGCUGCAGGAGUUGUGGGCACUUUUUUCCAUUGUUGCCCCAUCAGGCCUACUGGGCAGCUACAACGAUUAUAAGAAGCUUUACAAAGAUCCAAUAACUAGGGCAACAGAAGCAUAUGCCUCACCCAGAGAGAGAACCUCGGGAAAGGAAAUAUUGUGGAGACUGCAAAAGAAGAUAGAGCCUUACUUUCUCAGAAGGACAAAGGACAAAAUCCUUCACUCUAAGAACAGCUGUAGACUUGUUCAGCUCAACUGUAAAGAGACACCUCAUCUGCCCAAAAAAACUGAAUUAGUGGUCUGGAUCAGACUCAGUCCCGAACAAGAAACCAUGUACCGAGAACUGAUUUUGUCAAGAGGGCCUUUGAAUAAGGCUUGUUAUUCACUGCAGGAUGUUAAUACUCUGAAGAGUAUCUGCAAUCACCCAAGACAACUCGAAGAAAAUUAUCUGCACCAUCUGCCCACUGAUAUCCUUUUAGCAGAAUCUGGGAAGUUAACCUUUCUGAUUUCUCUGCUCAGAAGACUCAUGGAGGAUGGUCACCGCAUUUUAGUGUUCUCUCAGUUUCCAAAAAUGCUUGACAUCAUCCAGUAUGUCUUGGAGAAGAAGAAGCUUGGACCAUUUUUAAGAAUCGAUGGGAAAACACAUCUUCAGGAACGGGAAAGGCAAUGUGAGUUGUUCCAGGAGAACAGCUGCUAUAAAAUUUUUUUCUUCACAACUAAAGUUGGAGCCAUUGGCCUGACACUUACUUCUGCCAGCCGGGUUGUCAUUGUGGACCCAUCCUGGAACCAAGAAGUAGACUCCCAGGCUGUAAAUCAAGCUUACAGAAUAGGCCAAAAAGAGAAGGUGGUGGUCUACCGUCUAAUCACCUGUGGCACAGUGGAGGAGAAGAUGUACCGGAAACAGGUUUUUAGAAGUGCUUUGUGGAAAAAUAAAAACCUUAUUCCACAUUUUACCAAAGAUGAUCUAAGGGAGUUGUUGCCCUUAGGAGAGACACGAUUCUCAGUAACUCAGCGACUGUUGGACACUGAUUGUCUACGACCACAUCAAUCCAUGGAUGAGGAUCUGAAAUUUCAUGAAACUUUCCUACGCACCUUGAAUGUGUGCUCAAUUUCAGACUACAGAUGUCUUUCAUCCACUAAGCAAGUGGAGGACCUGAUGGAGGAAAUAGAAACAGUGUCUUUUAGGGUCAAAAGCGAUGCAGAGAAAAAUAUGGCAGAAGGCAAAAUUCAGAAGAAAAAAAUAAGAGGGGUUAGGGCUUCUCUUGGGCAGAUUGGAACAAAAAAGGUUUUGAAAAAACAUGCAAAUCACAGAAAAUCAAGCGUAAUUCAUGAGCGUAAGUAUGCUGUUUCUCCAUACAGUUCAAAUAGACAGAGACGGCUGCUAAAAAAAAAACUAUUUUAUGAUUUAGAAGAUGGGAGCUAUGAACACUCAGACAGGCAAAGCAUGGACAGCAAUAACACAGACUGUAGGACAAAUACAGAAAACAUCAAUACAGUGAUAAAGACCUGCAGACUGGGCAACAAGAAAAAAGGUUAUAAUACAGCAAGCAACAGUGUUGACAUCUACAACUUUUCAUGCAUUGCAGAUGACAGUAUUUCAGAUACAACUGAUAAUAUGGCAUGUAGCAGAGCUACGGAACUGGAACACACACGUGACCUAAAAACUGAAGAUGCUGAUGAAACAGCCUUUGAUUCUGAAAUUGCUUUGACUCCACUGACUGAGUCAAAAGCACAGGAAAAUAGGCAGCUUCCUUCUUUUACUGUCUCAUCAAGUCCCUACCUAAAGUCAAAUGUCAUGGACCAUUUAGUCAGAGAACAUCAAUGUAGUCCACAAGUGGCUCUUAAUUCACCUGAACAUCCAUCUCAAUGUGGUUUUAAACUGCAUGGUGCAAUCAGGGGCUUGUGUGAUUAUUCCCUCACUCCCAGCAGUAUGUCUCCAAGCUGCUUGCUCUCUGAACAUGAGUACAGUGACCAAGGAGGGUCCUCUAGCAAAGCAGAGAAGGUCCUCAGGAAGCAAAGCAGAGAGGAAGAAAUUGAGAGCACCAACACCUGUGGAUACAGGUUAUCUGGAGAACUUUCAUCGAAGUGA